AGAAUUAUUCGGGUGCUUCACUGCAGUCAGCACACAGCACACACAUCCAACUCAUCCCGUCUGUCCUUUGAGAUCUACAUUAGCAGUGGCUUCAUUCACUGUUCAGAGUUGAGCUCUAAAAAGCAAGUACUAUCAAAGUCCACCUCAAUGAGUGUAAUGGGAUCCUCAGAUGGACAUUGUUUUUACGAUGAUGACCAAGGUUCAGAUGAUGAUACCUUCCAAAAUUUUAGUGAAAAUGCAGCCAAAAAAGAUGGGAUAAUAUUGCACAGUUGUAAUGGACACGUUGCUAUGAACAGUGAGUUGAUAUUCAUAGAAUCAGCUCCAAGUAGUUCUCAUACGGAAACCGCAGAACCAUAUACUGGGAUGAAUUUUUCCUCACUGGAGGAUGCACGGGAUUUCUACUAUGAAUACGCUAAGCGUACGGGUUUUACCAUCAGAACAAACAGAAUUAGGCACUCAUUAAAGAACAUGGCUGUCAUAGGUCGGGACUUCGUAUGUUCAAGGGAAGGUUUCCGUGCAGCAAAGCAUGCUCUUAGAAAAGAUAGGGUUCUUCCGCCAAAACCAGUCACAAGAGAAGGAUGUAAAGCGAUGAUACUAUUAGCAGCAAGGGAUGGUGGUAAAUGGGUAGUCACAAUCAUAAGCUAAUGACAAGUUGUAAAUUUUCUGGGCAACUACCAAUCAUAAACAUACUCAGUGAGGAAGAGAAGGACAAGAAAAUCCAGGAACUGCAUGAAGAAUUACAACAGGAACGAGAACGAUCUGAAACUUUCAGACAACAAUUAUGUACAAUCAUAAAGGACCUUGAAGAACAUGCUGAAUUCAUGAAUAUAAGAGUUGAGGACAUCGUGAACAACAUAAGAAAAAUUGAACUUGGUUAUGUAUAAUACUUUUGGUCCGUAGACUACAAGACAUUCUCUGAAGCAUUGAUACUGUGAAGGUGCUUGCACCAUUAUACUCAACAACGGGUGCACAUGUGUUUGCUUUU